ACACAUCUAGAGAUUUGCAAACAAAGUGCUACAUGUUCCUAGCAAGAUAAGUUCAACGCGAUGUUUUCAUUCGAUGCAUUUUCUAAAUAUUAUAAUGAGUGAAUGUGUCAGCUGAUUUUUGAAUGAAUUCAAAAGUGCGGGAAAUGAUGCUUAUAUAACUACGGUGCAUCAGACGGUUGAAUCAUUCUUCAUCGAGAGACACAUGGAUGCCAUGGAUGUGGAUCAAGAUUCUAAGGAGAAAGAUGUAGAGACGGUUACGGAGGAAGAGACGACUAAGGAGACUGAGACAGGUAUUCAAGAGACGGAUAGGGAGAAUGAGGCAGAUUUAGUGAAAGAGACGGCUACACAGGAUAAGGAGACUGAGACAGAUGCACAGCCAGCAAAACGGCGUCGGCAACAGAGAGGUAGAGGAAGAGGAAAAGGAAGAAGAGGAGGAAGAGGAGGAGGAAGAGAAGGAGGAAGAGGAGGAGUUCGUUACUAUUUCUCUGCCAAAACUAUGACUUUACAUUUUUAAUUCCUG